ACAUUUCGUCUACCACUCAUAGAGAGCAGCACUGCGGUACUUCGAUAAUCGAAUCUAGGGGUUCAUUCGAUAUUCAGCCUUGGGGGUACGCUGUCAAUGCUGGGGGCUCAGAGGAUUACUAUUACUUCUGAGACUCUUCAAACUAUAUUUCUUUAAUAUUGAAUUGAUGAAGGCUGUGUUGGUGUGAAUAUUUUGUGCUAGCGAGUAUUGGAGUGAACCAUUUCUUUAGAAAGAUCAGUUGUCGUUUUUAGUUAUUAUCGAAGUAAAUGUCAGGCCUGAGAAGCAAAUAUUGACCGGGCAGAUUUAGACCAAGUGGUGACUUGCUAAUUUAUUUUUGUUUUCACCCGUAAUAUAAUGUUGUCAUAAUAUAGUGACAAUUGAUAAACAUAGAACUGGGUUUUUGAGGGAUGGUGUUUCGUAUGGGUAUGAAUCGUAAUGUGCGCAUCUUGCUUGUUGGUGAACGAGGUGUCGGCAAAACAUCUUUAAUUUUAUCACUUGUCAGUGAAGAAUUCCCUGAUGAUGUUCCAGCGAAAGCGGAAGAAAUUACCAUACCUCCGGAUGUUACCCCCGAACAAGUCCCCACUCAUAUAGUUGACUAUUCAGCUGCUGAACAGACUGAUGAAAUGUUAAUGGAAGAGAUUCAUCGUGCUCAUGUGAUAUGCAUUGUAUACUCAGUAGAAGACGAAGAAACAUUGGACAAAGUAACCACAAGGUGGUUGCCUCUUAUCAGAGUUGCCUCUCCAGGACAGCCAUGCCCUGUCCUGUUAGUGGGUAACAAAGUAGAUCUAGUGGACUACUCACUUAUUGAUGCUGCGUACAGUAUAAUGGAAGAAUAUCCAGAAAUUGAAAGUUGUAUCGAGUGUUCAGCUAAAACUCUAAAAAACAUUUCUGAAAUGUUUUAUUAUGCACAGAAAGCUGUUUUACAUCCUACAUCUCCUCUCUAUAUCAUAGAUCAAAGAGAACUAACUGAAGCAUGCCAAAAUGCAUUAAUAAGAAUAUUUAAGAUUUGUGACACAGAUAAUGAUGGACUAUUAAAUGAUAUUGAAUUAAAUAAUUUUCAAAAACGUUGUUUCAAUGCUCCUUUACAACCACAAGUUUUGGAUGAUGUAAAAGCGGUUUUACAAAAAAAUCUCCCUGAUGGUGUUUGCAGAGACAGUAUCACGCUGAGAGGUUUUCUUUUCUUACAUUGCCUUUUUAUUCAACGAGGAAGAAAUGAGACAACAUGGACUGUACUUCGUAAAUUUGGUUACGACAAUACUUUACAAGUAGCCAAAGAUUACCUCUAUCCUUCGUUAAAAGUACCUCCAGGCUGCACGACAGAAUUGUCACAUCGAGGUCACCAAUUUCUCUCAGUGCUCUUCGAGAAGCAUGAUGAAGAUGGUGAUGGUGCUCUAAGCCCUAAUGAACUUCAGUCACUUUUUGCAACAUGCCCUAGUCCUCUCUGGGGCACAGAGGCCAGUCAAAUCGUUGUCACCAAUAGUAAGGGUUGGAUUACACUUCAAGGUUAUAUGUGUUACUGGGUAUUAACCACUUUGUUGGAAGUUCACAAAACACUUGCAUACCUGGCAUAUCUUGGUUACAAUAUAACUGAAAAUGAAAAUCAACUGACAGCAAUUCAAGUUACACGAGAGAAGAGAUUAGAUUUAGUGAAAAAGCAGACAAGUAGGAAUGUUUAUCAGUGUCACGUUAUUGGACAGAAAGGUUGUGGAAAGUCAGUAUUCUGUCACAGUUUCCUUGGAUAUUCUUUGGAAGAUAUGAAAACUAAACUAAUUGAGAACACAACUCAGUGUACUGUUAACGUGGUUCAAGUUUAUGGACAAGAGAAAUUUUUAGUGUUAAGAGACAUUGAUGUACGAAAUGUCACAGAACCUCUGAUGCCUGCAGAAAUUCUUUGUGAUGUUGCUUGUUUGGUGUAUGAUGUUAAUGAUCCAAAAUCUUUCGAAUAUAUUGCACGUAUUUACCUGAAAUAUUUUGCUGAAAGCAAAAUCCCUGUACUUAUUGUGUCAAACAAAAGUGAUUUAGAAGAAGUAAGACAAGAUUACUUGCUUCAACCGACUACAUUUUGCAGUCGUCACAAGUUGCCUCCACCUCAAGCAUUUUCAGCUGCAGAAAAACCUAAGAGAGAUAUAUUUGUUAAACUUGCAACAAUGGCUGCAUUUCCACAUCUCAAGCAAUUAGGACUGUUUCCUACAGAUACAACUACUUGGUGGAAAGCAGGACUUGGCAUUGCAGCGGCGACAGUAGUUGGUUUUCUAGUCGUAAAAGUUUUAAAGGCUGAUAAGAGGUAGUUGUCAGCAAAAUGUACCUGUUCCCACUUUCACUACAGACUUACGUUGACCAGGAAUUCAACCUGUUAGAUAUAAUCUGACAGUGGAUAGGGAUCUUUCCUGAUACACUUGGGUGUAUUUAGAUUGUAUAGAGCAAACUUUGUAGUGAGAGUGGCAUUGUGUUCAAACCAGUUAUUUAAAGAAACCUUUAUUGUAGUCAUCAGUUUUGUACCACAUAUUUGUAUUAUACCAAUUGCUCUUAAAAAAGUAUUACAAGUUACAAAGUACUAUUGGCAAGAUGUAGUAUAGAUCUUUUUACAUUAUUGGCGUAAGUAUUCAAUAGGAAGACUGGAAGAUACUGGAGACACUGCAGUUUUUGCAUUUAAUGUAGUAGAGUCUAAAAGAUUUCAUAAUAAGGAUAUAUUUCAUUUUAGAAAACUAACAGUUUUCUUUCAUGCCUGUGCGCUGACUUCGUUUUCAGAAUUUAAAAAUAUCAAAAAAAUAAUGUGUCUUUAAAUAUCAAGAGAAUGAAAGUUUGAAGAAAAGCUUAUUCAAAAAGUUUACAUUGUUUUAAGAAUUUUGUCAUGGAGUCAGCUAUCACAGAGCUUCUUACUGAAGCAGCAACAGUUAUGUGGAAAAUUUCAGUACAUAACAAUUUUUGGUAUUUGAUGAACAAGCAUUUUCAGAGAUUUAGCACAUACUUUUUGGCAUUGGGUUAUUUAUCAUCUAAAAGUUUUUGUUCAAAUCGAAAAUAUUGUUUGACGUUGCACUUCAAAAAUACUGAAGUUAAUUAAGUUUUAUAUUCGAUUUGGUGUUAAUGUAUGAUUGGUAUAUUUUAAACAUGGCUGUGCAAAAAUAAAAUUAAGAGGGUCAGUCCCUUAACGUAGAAUAUGUAUUUGUGAAGAGUUAAUUAUCAAAUAAUCAGCUAUUCUUCAAUUCAAAUUCAUGAAAUAAAAUGAAUAUGAAAUUUACUGACUAAAAGUUUUUUUAAUGUUACAUGCUUUUCCAUUUACCAGCUCCAAUCAGAAAAGUGAAUGAAAUAUUUUGAUGUAUUCAUAAAUUUUUCCCAGAGAAGACUGAAUUAAUCAAUUUUAAGUUCAAUAAAUGGUGCAUGCAUUAUUGAAAAUAUAGUUGCAAAUUCUCACAUGGAAAUUUUAGUUUCUUCAUUAGCUUCAGUUGUAUUUGUUUACCAUUUGAAUACUUGUUGAUGUUUUGUUACAUGAUUUUAUUCUAGAUUUGCUUCUUUCUUUUAAAACAACCCUGUGAUUGCUGUACUGUUUACUUUUUUGUAAAUGUUGAUAAUUCAUUGAGCAAUAUUUCUCUGUACUAGAGUAUUCUAUAUCCUAUAAUUUGAGCUGGUCUGUCUCUGUGUAUAUAAAAAUGAUUAAAAUUGUACAAUUUAUUAUGCAAUAAAUCAAAAUUAAAAGACAA